AUGGACGAAACACAGAACUCCCCUGCCUCCGCCGCCGAGGCAGAACCGCCCUCUUCUGAGCCUUCUGCGUCUGCGGGACUCCCUGCGGGGGACGAGGGUGACAAGAUGGAGGUGGACCCAGAGCCCGCCGCGCAGGGACAGCCUGAGCAGCCGGCGCCGCAGCCCCUCGCGGCCGGCUCCAGUGCGCCAGGAGCCGCGUCGUCUCUGGAAGAAACUGCAGUCGAGCGCGAGGUUGAAGAAACUGCUGUCGAGCGCGAGGCUCUGCUGGCGCAAAACGCGCAGCUGCGGCGGCUCCUCGAGGAGCAUGCUGGAGAGUUGGAGCGCCUGAGAGAAGAGACGUCCCCUCGCAGGCCAGAGACUGGAUCCGGCGAGGAGAAGGCGUCGCCCGAAGACCCGGGAACCGCAGCCGCGAGUUCCAAGUCUCUCGAGGAGGAGCUUCUCGCUCUUCGGCAGAAGCUGCGCAGCGCAGAGGACCAGAUCCUCGAUUUGCAGAGUCGAAACGACAGGCUCGUCCUGGAGCAACAACACCUGGUCGAGAGCCUCACGCGCGAGAAAGUCGAGCGCCUCUCUGCAGAGCGUCAGAGCCUCGCAGCGGCUGCGAGCGCGUCUUCUGCCGAAGGUCGCCAGCGGCUCCAACAACAGAGACUCGAGGCGGCGGAGAGCGCUCAGACCCAGCUCAGGGGACAACUCGCGCUCGCGAGGCAGGAACAGCAACAACAGCUGGAGGAGGCAGCCGAGGCCGCGCGUGUCGCCGCGAAGACGAAGGCGACUCUCGAGGCGAAGCUGCAAGAAGCCCAGGAGGAAAAAGAGCUCCAGAGGAAGAAGGCGGAAGACCUCGAAAGUCUCCUUCGCCACCGCCAACGGGAGUCCGCACUCGAGCACGAGAAGGAGCGGCAGGAGCUGCUGGCCGCGCAGGAGGCCGUGGCGCUCAAGGAGGAGCUCCUCGUGCUCAAGACGCAGCACGUCGACAAACAAGAAAAAUGCUUGAAAGUCUUGCAAGAGAGCAAUGACCAGCUUCAACGCGACAACCACCGUCUUGCCACGCUUGUUGAGGAGAAAGACAAGGAGCUGGGGCAGCUCAAGGAGACAAUUGCGCGUCUCGAGCAGGCUGCGAAGGCGUCCGGAUCGACGGGUCAGACGGACCAGGACCGGACAGACGCGGCCUCGUUGCACGACACUGCGCUGCCUCUGCCUCCUCGCCUCUCCCGGGAAGAAGCGACGGGCGUGCUGAAGCAGCGUUUUGGAGACAUCCAAGACGGAGGCGCUCUCCAGACCCUCAUCAGCGACAAAAUGACUGAACUCGUCAUAGAACUCGACGCUAAAACAUUCGAGUGCCUCGCAGCGAAGUCACGCCUCCUGCAGCGAACAGAGGAGGCAGCGAACUGGAAGGCGGCAGCUCUGCAACUGGAGAACGGCCGGAAGGAGCACGAGGCGCGCGUGGCAGAGCUCGAGGAGAAGAACGAAGAACUUUCAGGGCGCAUGCAGCAGCUUCUGCUCCUUCACCGCCGCGAAGAAGACAUUUCGCAUGACUUGCGAGUCGAGCUCCGACAGAAAGACGACGAAGCCCAGCGCUACUUGCAGAGAAACGACGAACUGUUGCGACAGCUCGCCGUCGCGGCCUGGGAAGUUCAGCGGCUGUCUGGAGGCGACUCGCAUGCUGCCUCGCGAGAAGGGAAGGCGACCGCACCCUUCGGCAGUCUCUUUGGCCUGGCCUCGGCGUCGCUCCAGAAGGCGCUCGGAGUCCGUGCGAGUGGCCGAGAUCCCGCGACAGGCAAAGCGGCUUCAGAGGACGAAGCGGAUGUCGGUCUCUUGAGCUACAUGGAAGUUCUCGAACACAACAACGCGCUCAAGUUGAAGCUGCUUCAGCUGACGGAGACGGAGGCUGAGGCGAAGAGCCUGGAGGAGCGGGAGCGCGAGUCGCAGCUUGCUCAGCUUCAGGCCGAGCUGACGACUCUCCAGGGCGACCUGAAGACUGUGCAGACCGAGCGCAAGGAACUUGUCACUGCAGUCCAGCAGCAGUUGAAGCAGCGCGAGGAGAUGCAAGAAAAGAUAAAGGAGCUUGAGGCGCGUCUAGCCAUCGCUUCGCGCGCGCUCCCCGAGCCCAGCGGCUCGUGCGACGGGAAAGGCGGGCCGCAGCAGGCAGGUGCCUUCGCGGCCAGCGAGAGGACGCAGAAGGACGACCGAGAGACAGAUGGAGACGAUGGAGAGGCUUCUCAGGACAGACUCAGACUCUCGAAACUCGUCGAACAACUGCAAGAAGUCGCAGCCGUGCUGGCCGUGGAACAGCAACAGGGGCGCCUGCAGCGGGAAGAGUUGCAGCAGGCUCGGCAGCAGCUGGCGACGCAGGAGGCGACUGCGACGUUCUUCAAGCAGGAGUGCACGCGCCUGCAGGGGAGCGUUGAGCAGGUUCAGCUCCUCCAGCAGCAGACGGCGGCUCGCGUAGCGGCUGCAGAGGAGAAGAGCCGCGCGCUGGAAGUGUCGCGGGAGGAGUUGCGCGGGGAACUUCUUGCGGAGCGCGGUGAGAAGAAGCGUCUGCAGGGCGAAGUCGACGAGGUCCGUCAAAAGUGGAGACUCGCGGAGCUCGGCGCGCAGGAGCUCCAGCAGCAGGUGGAGCGCGGAAUCGAGAAGGAGACAGAUACAAAGAGACAGCUCCAGGAGGAGCGCGCUGCGUUGCAGGUGCGCGUCGACUUCCAGCAGAAACAGAACCUCGCGCUCUGCGAGCAGCACCAGAAAGACCUCGAAGUGCUCCAAGAGCAACUCCGGCAGGCUGCGCAAGUGGCGCAGGAACGCGAAGAGAAAUGCAACGCGCUGCAGCAGCGCGUCGAGAACCGGACUGAGGAGGUCCACGCUCUCCAAAACAAACUCAGAUCGAUGGAGCAGCAGGCGGCAGACGUCCGAGGGCGCCUGGAGGAGCAGAAGAAGCUCGUCGCGUUUUUGCAGCGGCGGGCGUCGACUUCGGCGUUUGGCGCGGCGCGCCCCGAAGAGAAGGAAGGCGAAGGCGCUGGUGCGCAGCCAGGGCUGUCGCCUGAGCUCCGCGGGCCGUCCGCGGGCGGGUCGCCGGAGGAGUGCCUGAAGCUGCAGGGCCAACUGACGCAGCAGCAGGCGGAGAUGUGCAGACUGCGGGAAGAAAUCGAGAGUUGCCGCACGCUGAAGGAGCACUGGGAGGACGUUGCGAAGGAACAGCAAAAGGAACAGCGCCUGGCGGCAGAGAAACUCGCAGAGAGCCAGGAAGCGUGCGAAGCAGAGAGGAAGAAGCUGGAGGAGGAGAAGCAAAAGGUCGAGGCCCUCACCCGAGAAAAAGAAGACCAGCAAGUUGAAGUCGGUCGGCUGCAGGCAGCGCUGGAGGCUCUCGAACGCCGCGAGGAGGAGCAGCGCGCGGCGUCGCAGCAAGCUGCGGAGGCUGCAGUUGCGGCGGUCGUAGACAAUCUGAAGGCUCAGACGGCUACGUUGCGGGGACAAUUUGAAGAAGCCGAGAAGAAGCGAGAAGAAGCCGAACGCUGCUACAAACGCGAACGCGAGUCGCGCGCCGAGGACGUUCGCAGAGCAGACGACGUCCACAAGGAGGUCCGGGUGCUCCGAGAGAAGAAGAGAAAACUGCAAGAAGAAAAAGAAGAGAAAGAAGAAGCCUGGAGAAGAGAAAGACUGGAAGCUGAGGAGGAGCUUUCGGCACUGCGCCAGCAGAACAAGGCUUUGCUGCGAGACGUCGAGCGUCUCAAGAUCGACUGCAAGAACUUGAAUGAGAAGAUCGUGAAAAACACUGCGGCGACAGCUGCGCCUGCCUCCGAUUCUGGGUCAGACGCACUCGAUUCGACAGCGACGCUCCUGAAAGUUCGCCUGGAGGAGGCGAGCGUGAUGCGCGUAACGAUGGAGGAAGAACUGCAUGCGGCGCGCCUGGAUAUCGCGCGGAAGGAAGUGGAAAUUCGCGUGCUGAAGAAGCAAGUUGAGGAAGGCCGUGCGCAACGCCGCGCCGAGGAAAAGCGGAUGGAGGAGCUCGAGGGCGAGCUCCAGACGAACCAGAUGAACCAAACCUUGCUGGGAAAGAUUCCGACGCUCGAACUCGACAACGAACGCCUCCGGAAGGAGCUGGAAGCGGCGCACGAGCUGCAGAGAAAACAGCAGCAGGAACUCCAGCAGCAGAGACAGCAGCUGCAGCCGCUUCUGUUGCAGACUCGGCAGAAGGAGGCAGCGUUGGAGGCGGCAGAGACGCAGAGGAAGAGCCUCGCCGCGGAAGCGGAAGAAUGGAAACAAAACUACCAGAAAAUGAUCAAAAAGUUCCAAGGGGUGGACAAGAACAAGGUCGAGCAAAUGAGGGGAGAGAACGAGCGUCUCCAGCAGCAGCUGCAGGCGAUAGGAGCGGAGAGAGCCUCGCUCACAACCUCCCUGAAGGAAUGUCAAGGCCGGCAGGCAGAGUUGGAAUCCGCGUUGCAGCGUCAGCAGCAGCUGUCUCGUCAGCAGGCUCAGCAGUUUCAGCAGCUGCAGGAGAAGGCAGCGCGGGAACAGAGUGCGUUGCAGCAGCAGCUCGCGCGUCAGUCGCAGGCGUCUGCUGACGCGCCGCGUUUGCUCGAACAGGAGCGCAGGAGCAACGCACUGUUGCGGCAGCGGGUCGAGAGGCAGGAGGCGCUUUUGAAGCAGGCGCAAGCUGCGUCGAACAAGUCGUUAUCUCCUCAAGUGGCCGCGGCGGUGGGGCGCGUGGCGCGCGUCGGAGUCGUGGCAGUCGCGACGGCGGGGCAGGCUUUGGAGGCGACGAAGGCGGCGACUUUGGCGGCGCAGGAACAGCAGAAAAUGCGGAGUGUGCUGGACGCGGCUGCGGCGCAGGCCCAGAAGGAGAUCGCGCAGCUCCAGCAGCAGCGCCAGCAGCAAGACAAGGCGCUGGCCAUGUCGGAAGGGCGCGUCAGACAGCUCGAGGCGGAAAAGCGGCAGACGGAGGCCGAGCGCGACUCGCUGCUUCGACAGACGGCUGAGCAGGAACACCUGCUCCAGCAGCACGCGCAAGCGACCGAGACCCAACAGCGAGAAAUGGAGCGCCUCGCAGCAGAGCUGCAACUCGCCAGAGCGCAGCUCCGAGAGAUCCGCGAAGACAGAGAGAGAGAAGGCGAGAGAGAACAAGAGAGAGAACAAGAGAGAGAACAAGAGAGAGACGAAGAGGGAGAGAGGGAGGAACGAGACGGAGAGAGGGAGGAACGAGACGGAGAGAGGGAAGAACGAGACGGAGAGAGAGAAGAACGAGACGGAGAGAGAGAAGAAGAAGUGAGUGCUGCUCUUCUUGAGAAUCAAGAGGAAGUGGAGAUGGGAGAAGGCGUGCAAGAAGUAGACGGUGAGGAAGAAGGAUCAGCUGAGACUUCGUUGGGGCACGACUCGCGACGAGAGGAAGAGGACCAGGAUCCCCAUGCCCACAUUGAAGAGCUGGAGCGGGGAGGCGCAUCAGAGACACCACCAGCCCUGACGUUGGGAGAAGACGAGGCUGCGCGAGAGGAGGAUCACGCUGCCUCUGGCGACAUGCGAGAAGACGCGACCCUCAGUGCUUCUGACGGCGCGGAAGGUGUCCCUGGGCAGACUGGGCGCGAAGCCGGAGGCCAGGAAGAGGAUGGUGGUGCGCUGCCUCUGUCGCAAGAGCACGAAGAAAGAGUCGAGGAGGGCGUGCCCGAGUCGCCUGCCGAAGCGGUCGCUGCGGGGUCUGCAGAAGAGGGAACCGAAAUGGAAGGCGAGUUCCACGAAGCGCUGCCUCACUUGCCUGGAGUCGCCGAAGUCGAAGCGUCUCACGAGGGACUCGAGGCCGAGAAAGACGGCGAGUCUCCUUUCCAGGGAAACGCGAUUCCCACUGAUCUUCACGGCGCGCAGGACGAAGGCGCCGAGACAGGAGAGACGCCAGAAGUCGAGGGCGAAGGCGGGAUGCGAGAGGGCCUCGACGAAGAGACAGGGGAGAAGGAGGAGGAAAUGGCCCAGUAG